AUGUCACCACCUCGACCCGUUCGACCAGCGUUCCAGAACAUACCCAAUGCAAGCUUGCACCAAGAGAGCAAGCAAUGUCAGGACUUCAUAGAGUGGUUGGAAAAACGGAUGGAAGAUCAAGAUAAGAGAUUGGUUCGCGCAGAGAUAGGACGGGCUGAGGAUAACAAAAGAGCUGCCUCGGACAUGGCGGGACUGAAAGAGCGCAACAGAAGGGCGAUGACCGACUUUGGCCGCGCCACAGCGGAGAAAAAAGAAUACGAGAAGAAAGUGAGGGUGGCUGAAGACAAGCUGGCCUCGCUUGAGCAGCGUGAGGAGACUUUGAAGAUUGCGACGAUGAAGCUUAAGCAUCUCGAAACUAAGUCCAAGACAUUCCAAGACCUCUCUGAUGCGGUUGUGGCUAUGGGCGCCAAGGUGGAAAAAGCAAGUCGGGAUAUGAAGAACUCAGCAGCACGCAAGAGCACUCAACAAUCAGCAUUCGAUAAGUGGGAGAGACAGUAUUGCGAGCCAAGCAUCCGGCUCGUUCAGCUCAACGAGCAGGUCAAACAAGAGCGAGACGAGAACCGAGAAGAGCACGCUGUACGGUCCAGGAGGUUACAAGAGCAAGAGAUCUCACAGAGUCAGACAACAGACCAAAACGAAGAAGAGAAAGCGAGAUUAGCAGUCGAGCGACAAGCUUUUCUCGCCGAGAAACAAGCGUGGUAUCUGAAGAAAGGUCAAACACUCAGCGAGACAGAGUUCAAGCUCACUCUGAAUGUUUGCGUUGAAAAGAGACUAGAAGAGAUUACGCCUCUUAUUGUGAAAGAAGCCCAAAGAUACAUCUGGACAUUGCAAGAGGCGGAUUGGGAUGAACGCAAGACCGAGAGUAUCGCAAACGCAAAAGAGCAAGGUCAUGAGGACGGUUACACCCAGGGUCUUGCAGAAGGCAGACGCAUUGCUUCAACUGAUAGGGGCGAGAUCGAGUGUGAAGCCUACAAUGAUGGCUAUUCCGUUGGGUAUGAAGCAGGCAAAACUUUCGGGAUGGACUGGGUUGAGGCGGAGCACGAGAUCAAGCUUCCACGGAUCCAGGAAGAUGCAGGUCAUGCUCGCGAGACCAUCCUGUUGUCUACUAUCCGAAGGAUCGACCACUCGGAAGAUGGGACAAUCCGACGGAUCUAUGCGUGCUGUGCAGACAUGACUUGCUCUGACCACCGAAGGGAAAUUGAAGUUCAACACCAAUUCAGGUAUAGCCAGGAAUAUUCAUAUCGUUACAGCGACGACUGGGCAAGUGGCGACCCAGAGUUCGUCCAAGAGUACACUCGUGGAAAGGUAGAUGGUGAAGCCCAGGGAUACGAGAAAGGUCGGAACGCGGGACAAUCUCAGGGUCAUCAGAAAGGUUACGCGAAGGGGUACGCCAGAGGGUUCACCGUGGGACAUUCGCAGGGGAACGAUGAUAACUGGGAGAGCGCAUAUGACGAAGGCUACGCCGACGCAAAUGCCGGAUUCGACGGACAACUGGAUGCAGCGCACAAGAAAGGAGUUGAUGCGGUUGAGGAAACUUUCAAGCCGAGACUCGACAGCGAACGUCAGGCUGGUAAAACUCUGGGCUAUAACAGCGGAUGGAUUGAUGGCUACGAGGCUCAUAAGUCCAUGCGCAGUCGUCAAGAGACUGAAGAAGCCGAAAAAGCCGCAGAGGCUGCAGAAGCAUUGGCUAAUUCGUGGGGUAUGGGCGGCGACGGUGAUCCCAGGGAUGAUGGCUGGGGACAGCUUGAUCAAUGGUGA